AUGUUUGAAAUAAAUUCGCUUCCUUCCGAAGUACUACGAAAAAUCUUUAAAUGUUUUUACAAUGACCCUAAAACAUUACAAAAACUCUUGACAAUAAAUCGUCAAUGGUCUCGAGAAGCUGCGCCAUUGUUGUGGAACAACCCAUUUCAAUUCAUACGAAAAACUAAAAAUGAAUACAUAUUUAUCGACACAUGUAUUUCAUGUCUUGAUCUUGAUGCGCAACAAAAAUUAAGGGAUUUUGGCAUUGGGAUGAUCUCUGAGUAUCCUUAUCGUAUUGCUUCUUUUGAUUAUCUUAAUCUUAUGGAGGUGUUCGAUUAUCAAUGUUUCGCUGAAGCGAUCUUCGAUUAUGUGAGUCGUAAUUCAGAUAAAGAUUAUGAAAACGAAAAUGAAAUGAAUCGAAAUUCAAGCGAAGAUACAGAUGACGAAACACACGUUAGUCGAAAUACAAACAAUGAUUCGGAUUCUGAGAUUUUUUAUGAAGAAUAUCUCGAAAAAGGAUCUUCGGACGAGGAGGAGCCUAAUGAAGAGAUGACAAGAAUAAAUUCGAACAAAGAUAUAUCCACCGAUGUUGAACUUAAGUUUGAAUACGAAAUCAGGAAUCAAAUUGCUAUCCAUAUCUUUUCUCGGCUUGGUCACUCUAAAAAUUUAAAAGAAAUUAGAUUUAAUCUAGAAGAACCUUAUGAUGAUGAAAUUCUCCCCGAUUUUUCUAUAAUCCCUAAUGCUUCAAAAACAUUUUCGAAUUUAUCUGCGGUCUCAAUAAAAAUUCACUUUGGGAAUUUGUUCGCGGAAAAUAAAAUACGAAUUACGCGACUGAUUUCGAUGGUGGCUAAUCAUUGCCAGAAUCUUCACACUUUAGAAAUCGACUUUCGAUUUUUUGAUAAUCAGAUGACUGAUGAUGUAUACGAAAUUCUCUCGAGACAAACUCAACUCAAAAGAAUAUGCCUGUUUCACAUACCAGAAGAAAUAAUUUUUGAUUUCGCUUGCUUGAAUUCCGAAAUAGUUCAACUUGAUCAAAUUACAAUUGGCGGCACAGAGUGUGAAAAUUUUUGCUUUGAUGGAUUGACAAAUUGUAAAGUACGGCAUUUGCGACUCGAAGAAUUUGUGGGAAUUGAUUCUCUUGAUCAUACCCAAAUAUUGGGCUUGCAGCUUAAAGGCUUUUCUAUCUCAAAUUACCUUGAACCUCACCUCAACUGUUCAAAGCUUUUAGAAAAAAUAGGACCUGAUUUAAACGAACUAGUGUUAGACACAAAACUCGAUAAACAAGUUCUCUUAACAAUAGGUUACCAUUGCAGAAACCUUACCUCACUACAAAUUUUAAUAGUAGAAGGUUCAACACCAGAAAUGAUGCAGCUUUUCUCAAAACUUUUAAAUUUAAGACAGUUAGACGUCGCUUUCUACAGCUCGCAAUCGAAUAAUUGGGAUCAAGAAUUCACAAUCGUUUACGAGGGUGAAAUUUUUUGCUGCCCAGCUGAAUCUGAUCCCGAUCAAGUAUUAAUUGAAUUAGCACCUUUUCUACCGAUAACUUUAAAAGAACUUUCGUUAAAGUUUAGAAUAAAUGCAAAAUCAUUAGAGGUUUUCUUGACUGAUAUUCCAGCAUCCCUUCACCGUCUUCACAUUGCUCAGCGUGCUGGAGUCACCGACGAACAUAUUAAAACUAUUAUGCAAUAUGCUAGAAACGUGGGAACAUUACGAGAACUAGAACUCAAUCAAGUUUUUAAAUUAGACCCUGAAAACUUGGCGGAGGCAAAAACACUUUUUAACAUUUCUGUUAAUUUACCGAAAACAAAAGAUUUUGAUUUCUUUUAA